AUGGAACCCGCCUACCACUCAUAGGCCUCCCAGGGCCCCCUCCCCCUGGAUAAACCAGAUCAGUUGCCCCCCACAUUCCUCCAGGGUAGAAACGGGGAGUCUGCUGCCUGGGAUGUUCAGGACCAAGCUCCAGGCCUCCCAGCCCCCAGCGUAGAGCCCCAGCCCCCAGCGUGGCCACACCAUGACACAGGAGCAACUCCAGGGCCCCUGAGACUUUCGGCAGGUAACCUGGGAAACCCGUGGACCAGCGAGAGCGGCUUGCUGAGCCUGCGACAGCCCAGCAAGGAGAAAUGCAGGGCAAGUGACGCCAGCCUGUUGAGCAGCGGGUACGCAGGUGAUGAGGAGAAUAGUGAGGUCAGCCUGGUGGGCGGCACUCCCACCUUGAGGUUGCAGAGAAGGCUCCGUGCCCCGGCGGUCAGCAACCCAACCAGACAGCUGUGCGCCGUCUACUCGCCUAACCAGAUCAGGAGCCGGCUGGCAAGCCGCACCUGCAGCAGCAAGCAGCCUGGAGGGGAAAAGUGAGACCAGCCUGCCCGGCAGCGGCAGCAGCAGCAGAGCCAGCAGCCUGACCAGCAUGAGCUUCAUCAGCCUGGGCAGCAGCGCCCUGAACUACCAGGUGAGCAGUGGGCUGCUCAGCUCCGCCAGCAGCCUUCCUGCCAGCCAGGCCAGCAGCUGCCAGAACAUCCCGGUGGACGGUAAUGUGCAAAGUGCUGUGAAAAGUCACACCAGUCUUCCGGAGGACAAGUCUGGGGGCAAGGUCAAAGCUGGUGACCAGGCCGCAGAGGGAAAGCAGCCCGCCCAGAGGUGCAUGCCUUUAUGAGCUGGCUCGCUGGCCACCAGGUUCUCAAAAAAUACAGACAUGAUGACCCAGCAAGGAUAGACUUCACCCAGAAUGGUUAUGGUAAAAAACAAAGACCUUUAAAAAAGUAGACAAUGACUGUGUCAGAACCAUGGAUAGCGCCAUUCAUAGCCAUGACCAGCAGGCGCCAGGUGGCGUGUAGCGAGCACUAUUGACACCGAGCACUAUCUCCUCAGACAAUCAGCAAGCCACGGUGAGACAGUCUCUACUGAGAACCACUGUUGGGAAGAAUGGCUGUAUGAAGAGCCAUCGGUGCUGGGUCCCCCUGUAUCCGCCUGCACUGGCCAGACCACCGUGAGCCCUGGGGACAAACCAGUCCUAACAGGAUCCAUCAAUGGCAAAGCCAUCUGCAUUGAGAACCAUUGUAGUGGGAUCACUGGUGCCAAAACCCAUCGGAGGGGUCAGCUGUGACCAGCAGCAAAUACGAACACUAUUUAGAACCAUCUGAAGUUAGAAACUCCCAUGGAGAAUCCAUGCUAAGUGAUGAACACCAUCUAUAACCAAACCAAUCAUGAUAAGCUCCAAGCUUGAACAAGCCCCAGCCUCGGCUGGGACUGUCCGCUGUCCAGAGCCAGCCGAAGGAAGCACCAUCUGUGGGGACCCACAGCCCUGGGGGAGCUGGAUCCCCACCCAGCUCUGGAAGAAGAGCUGCUCACAAGAGCCAGCAGCAUCCUCCAAGUGAGCUUGCCCUUUCAUUUCGAGCACUGUUUCCGGGUUGCUUCGGCCCAGAGUCUUCCCAGGAGCAAACGUUCCCCGAUGGCCCCAUCUGUCUCCACAUGCAUCUCAGGGGAGGUAGAGACAAGAAAGGAGGCCAGAAAGCGUCUUAGUUGACAUGACUGGGACAGUGCUUCCUACAGUAGGGCAAUGCCAUGAUCCGUGCUUCAUAGUGACAGAAACCAACCCAGCCAAGAACGGCCGGGAUGAGACAGCUCUGCCAUUUAGCGCACGUUUCCUAGGUGGGUGGGAAGGCUUGAGACCUCCGUCUACCCCUUCUCAAGACACUAAAGUCCUUCCCUGGGGGAUGGCCACGCAGACCUUGAGGAGGGAGUGUGUCCACAGAGGGGCAGUGGUCAGAACAGUCCUGAAGACAUCCACUAGGUUCUAGAAGGAAAGCAGAGGGGACACCAAACACAAUAAAUGGUGUCUGGAGA